UCUACCGUUCUUUGUUUACCGUGAAUAAGUUCUUAAUUCUUUUAUUAAUUAUUAUUUACUAACGUAUUCAUUUUAUUUGAGCAGUUUUAUUAAUUUAUUUAAUUGAGUUUAAUUAACUAUCCUAAUCUGUUUUACUGUAUAAAGUGUUAUUUAAAUUUUUAUCAAAUAUGAGUUCGAAUUUUAAACGUGAAAGCGGAACACUUGAUAGUUUUUUUAUGCCCCGAGAAAAAAAACCUAAAAAUGCGACUAAUACUGCCAUUUGUGCUACUAGUUCACACGAGCUAGUGAUGCCCAAUGAAGAUAAUUUUGUUAGUGAUAGUCAAAUCGAUAAUCAAAUACAAGAUGUAUGGGAUACUUCCAAAAUUUGGCGGACAUUAGGUUUUUCUGAAUUUGAAAGUGUAGUUGACUUCCGUUCAAGAAAUGUUUUUUCUAGUUGCAUGAAAGCAUUAAAUAUACUCCCAACUUCAACAGCUGAUUGUGAACGAGGGUUUUCCGAUAUGAAUUUGACAAUAACUGAUUUAAGGACUAGAUUAAACAUUGAAAAUGUGUCAGAUUUGAUGUUCAUCUCUAUCAAUGGCCCUUCAAUUGCAGAUUUUAAUCCUAGACCUUAUAUUAAAAUUUGGUUAAGAGAUCACCGUUCUGCCGUUUCCACUCCUAGAGGUAAAGAAAGAAAAGAAAUAGACGACGAAAAUAAGAUGCAGAAAUUAUUUUUUAACAAUUUAUUUAAUUAAUUUUUUUAGUAUUUGUAUAUUUUCAUAUUUUAUUGACUUAUAAAGGUAAUUUCAAGCUUUUUUUAAAAGUUUGAUUUUUUUUUCAUAUUUUUAACACAUCCUUUAUAAUUAUAGACCACAGUAAAAAUAUUUGUAUAUUAUUAAAUAUUCAUGUUUAUUACUAAAUCAUGGAUCUUCACCUUGACUAGAGUCUUAGUAUACUCUCAAAAAAAAUAUUGGGAACACCUCUGAAUAUAAUACAUAUUAUUUGUAUAUCAUUACUAUUUAGCGUAAAUGAAAAUGACUGAGCGUAUAAUAUUGGUCUAUCGACUCUAAAAUAUUUUGAUCGCAGUUGUUAAGGGAAAGGAUAAUUGUAUGCGCAAUUGGUAAAAUACCCUUUGAAGAUGUCAUUUUUUUAACUAAUAUACCUAGUGAAAUCAAUCGGUGUCGAGGCAUGUGCCUGAAAAUAACGAUCUCAACGAAACAAUAUAAUACAUUUUAUAAAUUAUCAUGUACAGCCGUUUUAUUUUCCUGUACAUAUAGAGAACGAGCGUAUAUAAAUGACAAAGAUUUUUGUCACUCACAAUACAAUUUAAAAACGUCUGGAGUAUAAUAUAAAAUAGUAACCAAACAUCAAUAAUAUAAUAAAUUGACGUUUACAAUCGAAGCGUAAUAAUUCACGAAAGCUUAGAACUUUUUCCUCGUCCUAUUAUUGUUUAAUCGGGAGUAAAUUAUGUUAAUUACUGUGCAAUUAAUAUUUUGUCCACAAAUUAGGAACAAUUAUAAUGAUUGUCAACAAACUGUAUCUCAUCUGCUUUGAUUUGUUUGGGUUCGGAAAUUAAAUUUACAAAAAAAAAAUAUUAAACUUUAAAACGUGCCAUAUUCGAAUUAUAAAAUAGGUAUUAAAAUUAAAUUGUUGGUAAUCAACCGAUGGCAUACGAUAAUAACCAUAAGGUUUGCUCUUUCGAUAUUUAUUAUUAUUACUAUUGUUACAAUUAUUACAGUAUUACAAACAAUCCGCAAACUGCUUUAUGGUUUCCAUUGCCCGUUAUGCGUUCUACUCGAUGGAUCAAAUUACAUAUAAUAUAAUGUUUCGUGCGACUUGUUUAUCGUCACAUUCUGAAACAGGUGUGCAUUAUAGUACUAUGAUCCUAUAUUAUAUUAAUAUGUUGAAAUCGAAGUAUUUAAAAAUUAACUCAAACCGAUCUAUAGUUGUUAUUCAGUAUAUUAUAAUUAUUGAUUUGUAUUAUACACAGCUGAUGUCUUGAAUUACAAUAUUAUACCUACAUAUUAUUACGUAUAAUAGUAGUAACCUAUUAUUAUAACGGAAUUAAUACACUUAUUUUGUUUAAAUUUUUUUUUUUUAUUGGGUAACCCGCGGCAACAUAGGCCAUUGGGUGUGGAGGAGGGCACUGUAGGUUUUUUUUUUUUAAUUGGGUAGGUUGGUACACAUGUGUGUUCUGUUUUGGCAGAAUUUCUAAUGGGGCACCCGUAGGUUUUUGCCGUGCCCCGGGUGGGGGGAUGACGGCACUUGUUCUCCGGACACCGUGACUCGCCCAAAGAAAAAUGCCGCCCGUGGCCAAGGUAUCGAACUCGGGUCGGACACUCUGUCCUCCCUUUGUUUAAAUUAUAAUUGUAUAAACCUGUAUAUUAUACAAAUUUGAAUUACAUUAUAAGAAUCACAAUGAUAUUAUAAUGAUCUCAUGUGACUAAAUUAAUUAAAAGAAAAAAUAAUAUUUUUAAUUUGUAGUAUACGGUUAUACUCUAUACCUAAUGUACCAGUAUAAAACUGAAAUUGUCGGUAAGUGUUGAUCGGGUUAAAUUAUUAUUCAAAAUGGUCCGCUAUCGUUGGAAACAAAAUAUUGGUCAAAAUGUAAUUUAUUUCAGUAUUUGUUGUCAAAUUAGAUUUAGUAGAUUUGGUAGCAUAAUACGAACUGUGGGCUCCGGCAUAAUCAUGUGUACCUACUACCUACCUAUCACCUACCUACUAUUAUGGCAUACAUACUAUACAUAAACCAUGUAUAGCUAUUUAAAAUGUUUUAUUUUCUUUGUAUGGAAUUUCAUUAAUAGAAUAAUAACAUAAAUUAAUUUCAAAUAAACGAUACAUGACGAAAAAAGGUAUUUUUCAAUUAAAUUGA